AUGUUCAAUGCCGUGCGAUUAUUUUUGUAUGACAACUCCUGGGACACCUGGAAAAAUAUUGUGAUGGGUGGAGAGCCUCCAUUAUCUGCUUUAUCUAAGUUUACCCUUCCUCCUCUCUCAUGGAGAACCCUUAAGAAAUGGACCCGCAGAAGAGUCGAGUUAACCAGCCAAUGGCGCCAGCUUUUCGUUGACCAGAAACUUGACAUCAUCAUUUGUCCAGGGUCACCUUCUAGUGCUCCUCCUCACGGGUGUUUUGGAGCGGUGACAUACCUCGCCAAUUGGAACCUCUGCGACUUCCCGGCCUGUAUCAUUCCGUUCGGAGAACCACUUCAAUCUGACGACAAGUUUGCAGAUAUAGGCACCACUCCUUCUGAAGCCGAAAAUCUGAUUCCUAACACAAUCCCUUUUGACCCCAUUCAGUUCAAGGGUGGAAUUGGCCACGUCCAGAUUGUUGCGAGGGCAUACGAGGACGAGAAAUUGAUUGCGUGUGGCAAGAUUGUUAACCAGGUGCUGCACCCGAGAGAGUAA